AUGGCUGUUGAGCACAAGCGCAAGUGUGUGAAGCCAGGGCUGGCAGCUCCCUCAAUGGGCGCAUCUGUGGUCAACCACGGUCAAUCUCCCGAUGGGUCUCGGCUGUCAAUGAACUCAGUCGCCCUUGCCGUGUCUGGCCACGUGACGAGUCUUACGCUUCCUACGAGUAUUAUAAAGGCAAAGACUGCGGCUUUGUCACUUGCGGGAAGUACACUGGAGGUUUGCGUUCAAGGACUGUCUCUAGCUCGGUUUUUUGGUGUAGUGUCUGAGUGA